AGCCUGUCAGGCGCCCCAGACGAGGAGGAGGAUGAGGAGGAAGCGGCGCUGAUGAGCGGUUUCGGAGUUAACUGGCGCCGUCGAAGCGCCAAACGUAGAGCCGCUGUACGUCGACGCACUGUCGUACUGGACGGAUCCGAGGAACAGCCGGAUCUGGCGCCGCCGCCGCCGCCGCCGCUGCAGCCACCAGAUGCUGGGGAGCAUCGGAGCGGCGUUAAGCGGAAGCUGGCGGCAGUUGAAGAGGAGGCGCCGGCGGCGGCGGAUGGUAAGGCUGGUGGUGGUGCCGCUGCGUUGGACGACGGAAGCGGUGGACGGCAACGGGAGCAGUCGGCGGCGCCGUCGGGCGGAGGAGGAGAAGUCGGCGGUGGGGAUGCUGCUGGUAGUGGCUUGCGCGAGGGCGGCCCGAGCAACGCGGAUCGCCAUCAGCAGCAGCAGCAGCAAGGGCAGCAGCAGCAGCAAGGGCAGCAGCAGGUUGAAGCGGGAGACACGAUCCUGCGCAAUCUGCAGCAUGAAGCCGCUGUGCUGCGGGAGGCGCUGGAGGCCGUGAGGACGAGGGCGAGGACACCAACAGCACCAGAGCAGCAGCAACAGCAGGAGCAACAGCAGGGACAGGUGCAGGAGCAUGUACAAGAGCAGGGCCAGCAGGAGGAGCGACAGCAGGGACAACCGCAGCCGGAGCAGGAGCAGCCGGAGCAGGCGGCUGCUGACGCGGCCCAGCGAGAGG